CGCUAACUGGUGAGCGCUAAAACGAAAGCCCUGAUUGCGGUUUUAUUUCAAAACUCACGGGAACGGUUAUUUGGGCGGUUAUUCUCGUAGAAUGAUUGGCCAUUGCAAAACCCUUUCUGCAUGCAUUAACCCCAUUGUCAGACUAUCGAUAGGCCCAGGCUCAUCCAUGGCCCGUCGGCUAGAAGGACCAAUGUAUUACUUUGCUCUGUGAGAAGGACUUAGACCCGUGCCGUAAAACGCUUUAAAAAAAUAGUGAACUGUCAUAUGUCACGUCUGUCACUGACACUGUCAAUACUGUCAUCUGUCACAUUACGUACCUUUGUUUUUUAUUUAGGUUUUCAGGUUUUUAAAUUUUAAUCUUUUCUCUGUUUUAUAUUGUUGAAUUAUUAUCACUGUUCACGAUCUUGUAGCCCGAGUUGAAGACGAGUUCGUUUCAGUUUUAUAGUUGUGGCAUGAAUACGAAUUCGUUAUGGACGAAGAUAACAGCGAUGGACCUUUCACUGUAUGGCACAUGUUUUACGCGCCGACUGUGGUUUUAUUCAAUAAUUUAAAACAAGCCGGAGAUGGGCUUGAAAGAUUAUUAACAUCUAUUUUGAAACUCUCUGGGGACUCCUCAGAGGUUUUGGUACCCAGGCCUGGUUCCACAAAGUAUCCUGAUGCAUACUACAGUUCCUUUAACACUUGGCUAUUAGGUAGACUAUUUUAUGUUUGGUCAGUAAAAGAACUAGAGCAAAUACAUUUGACAAGUAAAGAUGCUCAGUUGAAAAUCUUGAGUAUUUUAAGUGUGAAUGAUGCAUCUUUCUACAAUACACUUCAUUCACAAUACUCCAAUAUAUUGGUGAAACUAAUAGAAUACUAUAAAGAUGAAAGUAACCACAACAGUGAAACGAAAAGUAUGAUUUUGGAAAACUUUAUACCGGAACACAUUAACAUUCCCAAUGGUCAACUCAAUCUAGAACCAAUAUUUGUCAGUGUCGAUAACAUUGAAACUGAUAAAAGAUUGAUUGAUUUAACGUUGCAAUUUCUUGCUGAAAGUAUUCCUCACCAGGCUAUUCGAAUAAACAGACCCAACAUUAAAAAGGAAUAUCAAGCAUUAUUUGAAAAAAUACUGUACAUGUUUGAUCAUUACAGCAUUGAUUUAAAAUUGGCAUCAUUAAAGUUCUUUACAUCUCUAUUAAAUAACUACAAUAAAGUUGCAAUGGAAGAUUUCCAUAAUAUUUUCCCAGACAUCAUUGAAGAUUUAAUGCAUUCAGUGGGUGCUAUGGUAAUUACAGUCAACAUACUGUAUGACAAAGGUGAACUAGAUGCUAUGAAUUUAAACUUGUUCAACCUGUUAAUUGGGGAUCUCUUAAGAUUACCCUUGGUCUGUGAAAACCAAUACUGUGAAAUCACCAGUCAUAUUUGUACUCUAAUUCACAGUUUGAAGAAUUCAAAAAUCUUCAGUAAAGCAAAUGUGUUGCUGUGCUUAUCGUUUAGUAAAAACAUCGAAUUUCCUCAAGACAUGCUUCGUAUGCAAACCAUGGAUGCUAGGGAAAUUGAAAUGGUUGCUGAUUGGUAUGCCAAAAGCAUUGCAUCAUUUUACGAAAGAAAUGUUGCAGAUUUAAAGGAAAACUGGUUUUAUAAUGAAGUUUUUGGAGUUAUUCUGGAAAUUAAAUCUAUAGAAGAUCACAAUAUUGAUGCAUUUGUUAUUACACACCAUUUACAACGAUGUUUGAGAGCAUUAAGUAUAUUGCAGAAUGUUUACAUUCAGAGUGAAAAGAAUGAUGAAAAAGAAAAUAUGCCUCCAAAGAAGGAUUUAUUAGAGAAACGUGAUUUGAUAUUAAUAUGGAAAACAUUGAUAAAGUUAAUGCAGAUUCAUCAUAACAAACUAGAUAAUAGUAGUGAUAUACCACAGUUGAUGAUGGAUAUAACUUUGGGUACAGUAAUACUUUGUCCCAAUAUCACUUUUGAUGAUACUGCUUUGAUAUUGCAAAUAUUAUGUCUUCAGAACUCCCCCAAGUUUUCAGCCAGUGACUUCAAUUGUGAUGACAGCAAAAAGCUACUGAUUCUCAAAUAUCUGUUGACUACUGAUAUUAUAUUGAAAGUGACAACUGGUGAUAAAUGGGAAAAAGUGAUGUCGUUUCUUGUCACUUCAUUAAUAAGAAAUAAAACGAGUGAUAUUUAUAUUCAGAUGACACAAUUGACUCCUUUAAUUUUAUUGAGAAAAAUAUUUUCUGCAAGUCGAAUAAUUGGAGAAAUUCUGAUGCCUAUGUUUCUCAAUAAAGAUCCUGAAGUGCAAAUGGAAAUAACAAAAGUCUUGCCAGCUAUUGCUUGCAUGUCAUUGGGAACCUAUAGUGUUCAUAUUUCCAGGAAAGAUGAUUUAGUGGGACAUCCAAUAUUUAGCAAUGAUGCUCUUGAUAUUUCUAUUAUAUGUUCCAAUUGCCAUAAGGAAUCUGAAGAAAAGUCAUGCAGUAAGGUUUUAUCAACUGACAGCAAUCCACAACCUUCAGGGAACAAUGCUACCACUUCAGGCCUUAAGAACUUAUUUGCGAAAUUCCUAAAUUGGAAGGCAUAUGUCGAUAUAAAGAAGACACAAUAUUGGGAACUGGCUGAGAGACUUUUUAAGCACUAUUAUGUGUUCGCUUAUGGAAUCCCACAAGAAAUUGUAAAUGUGGACAAUGCGGAACAUAUAUUAAAAGUGUUGCAGCCAUAUAUUGAUAAAAGUGAAUUGGUGAACAAAGACGAAGAUCGGGAAUCUCAUAUGGAAACUGCAUUUACUACGUCCAUCACAUUGUUGUUCAAUGCGACCUGGUCAAGUCUAGAUAGUAAUGAUUUUAUCAAGCAAUCUGAUGUUUUGCUUCUGAUAAGAGAUUUAGGAUUAAGAAAGAAUGAAAAAGUGAUUUUACUAGUAACCAAGUUAUUGGUAUAUUUUAUUAUGCAACCUGAAAGUAUUGUUAGUCCUACAGCUGUGUGUUAUCUGAGCGAUGUGUGCGAAGCGCACGGCUACACCCCAAACCAGAUUUACCACAGAUACAAGAAAGACUACUGUCGCCUCUUUGUGGAGUGCAGUUUGAACAAUGGAAAAGAUUUUGCGAUGGCCCUUCUAAAAGUUGUAAGAGCGUUUGGCUUCUCGGGCUACAGAGAUUUUAUAUCCAAGGAUGUUCAUCAUUUUCUCCCGUACCUCAUACCUUAUUCUGUCACUAUAAAGGAAAUCCCAUCAAUGAUUGAGGAAAUAGCAUCUUUGGUGCAAUUCUCAGUUUCAGAUUUUCUGGCUGAAAGAUUUCCUCACAUUUAUGUCCAUGUAUAUUUGAAUGAGAAAAUUGAUGUGUCACAAAAGUGCUACGAUUUGUUAGAGAGAUUAACGAAAACCUCGAUUUUGACCUUAAUCAAAAAGCAUUAUAGAGUGAUUUUGACUGAAUUCUUACUGCAGUAUUGCUGCAGCCCUGAGAAAGUAUUGAACGCUUGCAGAUAUUUAGCUUGCCACGACCCCGAUGUCUCUUUGUCGGGCAGCGUUGUGUCGCCGAGCAUGAGUAUGAGUACAUCACAAAUUGCAGACUUCUUGAACCCGAAGUUUCUCGGUGUGCUUGCAUAUUUCGACCAUAAAUUGGUGAACGCCAAAGUAGCCUUGUCAGUAAAGCGAAAAGCGCUGAAGAGUUUUCCUGACAUAAUGCAACUGAUGGGGGUGAAGUACUUGACUCCUCUUAGGUUCAAAGUGUUAGCUACUUUGAGGUCGGCGAUGCCAUUGGCUAAAGAGUUCCCAAAUAUAUUAGCGGAAGCGUGGGCAGCGUUUAUACAUAACAUCGACAGCGUGUCUUUAGGACCGCUACUGGCCAAUCUUGCUGUAUCCCUUUUACAGCAGUUUGAAUAUGCUCCUCAAGAAAUCAACAAAAUAUUUCAAUACCUAGUUUUGAGCAACGAAAAUUUGCUGAGCUCGCACAUAUCAGAUCUGUUCUUUUUGGAAGACACUAAAAUAUCUGAAAGAGUAAAAAUGGUGAUCAAAAAACACGUGAGAAGAACGCAGCCAGAUACAUUUCUUGAGAAAAUUAAGUGGUAUUUGCACCAUUUGAAUCAAGAUAUAGCGACAGUCAAAGUCUAUGCCUUUAAUCACUUGGACAAGCUGCUCAAAACUAACAGAACUGAGAUUCACAAAGCUAUUUUUGGCGGGAAGAAUAUUGAUCCUAUUAUAGUGGAGCUUAUUGAUUCUCUACUUGUAGGUUGCAAAGACUCCGACGCCGAAGUAAGCCUAGCCAGUGGCAGGUGUCUCGGCCAGUUGGGCGCCAUAGAAGCGGGCCACCUUCCUCGUCAGUACGUACAACCGGACCGAUCGCCUUUCGCGUUCUCUAUAGUGGACAAUUGUUUCGCUGCCACCGCACUGGUUGAAUUGGCUAGAGCUUUCCAGUAUGAAAAGGAUACGAUGAACAUGGAUUGUUACGCGCUAACAAUACAAGAAAUACUGAAGAUAUACGAAAUAUCUCCAACCGGUAGCAAGAAGGAUGUCUGGGAUAGCUUUCCUGAACACAUGCAUCAGAUUAUGCAUCCUUUACUCAGUUCAAGAUAUACUUUGGCAUAUCCAUCUCAACCCAAAAAGACUCAUCCGUUAUUCGGAUCGCAGCAUGCAAACACAUUUUUAGAAUGGGCUCACAACUGGGCUGGCCAACUAAUACCUCUCGUGGAAUCGGAGAGCAUUCGUGAACUCCUGCGCACAGUUCAUCCGAGCAUGCGUCGUGACGUCAGAACGCUAUUCCUCUUUCUCCCUUACGUGCUGUUACAUGCAAUCAUGUCGAAAAACAACGCGCAGUACAUACUUGAAGAGAUGCUGGCUGUUGUGGGGCUAGAAAGCAUUGAAAAUAAUUUGAUAGCAAAUAAUCCAGCCAAGAAUAAGAUACUGCGAUACGUAGGAAUGACGCCUAACGCUAUUUCGGGCCAAGCGGAGGAAGGAAACCAGAGCAAAUGCUGCAAGACAAUAUACACCUUAUUAGACUUUCUGAAUAGAUGGAUUUUGGAAUGGUGUCAUACAAAACCACGGCCAAUGGAAAACGAGAAUUACAAGGCUAUAUCAUCAUUUGUGGAGAAAUUCGAUAAACUCACAAUCGCUCGCGGUAAUUUUGCGUGUGGUGAGUUGGAACGAGCUUUGCAGUAUCUGGAAUUGUAUAUGGACGAAAACAAAGACAAAAUGCAAGAGCAGUUGCCACUGCUGGCUGAAAUAUACGCCUUGUUGGACGAACCCGAUUCCGUUGCAGGUAUUUUAUCGAUAAAAAGAUCCGAGCCUUCGUUGAAAGAGUUGAUACUCACGCAAGUGGUAACAGGCAGGCUGCAAGACGCGGCGUUGUGUUACGAGAGGCUAGCGCAAGAAGGCCCAUUGGACAAGCAUAGUUUACAGGGCAUGAUAGACUGCUACUUAGGCUUAGACCAGCCGUUCACGGCGUACCGGUUACUAAGCGAGCACGAGACUAAAAACAGCAAUUUGGAAAUGGCAGCAGAACCUUUGUGGCGCCUUGGAAGAUUCGACCAGUUGGAUGAGUUAGUCAAGAAACCUAUUCCAGCAAACCGCGAAAACUGGGGCCUCCAAAUGGGUCGCAUACUCCUGGCUUACCGCGCUCAAGACCACGAUUCCUUCGAGAAGGCAUGUCAGAUCGCCACCACUCGUCUUCUCACCCAGAUGGAUGGAGAGAGCAAAGGGGAAAGCGCGUUGCGAAGCGGCUACCAGAGUAUACUGGGCCUGCAUAUUAUCACUGAAGCGAGGCAUACUGAGGAAGUUUUUGGAAGGCUAAAACAAUUGAACGACGGCGAUAAGCAAGCUUCGGUGAUACUGGAACAAAUGCUGGACGAGUGGCGCCGGCGCCUGACUGUAGUGCAGUCUGACGUGCGAACUGUCGAGCCGCUUCUGAGGCUGCGAAGGAUACUGCUGCAGCAAACUAAGGAACUACUGACGCCUACUCACCCCAACGCUGCGAAUACUCUGAAGGCAUGCAUUGGCGACCUUUGGUUGCAAAGCGCGAAGCACGCUAGGAAAGCAGGCAUUCUGCAACAGUCCUACAUGUACGUUCUGAACGCGGAAGAGUAUCGACCUGAGGAGUUGUUCAUAGAGAAAGCCAAAAUGUACUGGGCGCGAGGGCAGCAAGACCACGCGUUCACGACACUGCGGCGAGGCCUCGAAGACGCGUAUCCCAACCUGGAACAACUGACGAAGGAACAAAAGAAAAUAUGCGCGAAAGCCAAAUUACUCAUAGCGAAAUACAAUGACGAAACUACGAACGUUGAUGUUGAUGUCAACAUUGGUUACUACAAGGAAUCUGUUGAGGUGUUCAAGCAAUGGGAGAAGAGUUUGGUAUGCCUAGGUUCGUAUUACGAAAAGGUGAGCAGUUCUGAUACGAGCAACAACCACACCCUAAUGUGGACACGGCGGUUACACGCCUUGAAUAGCUACGGCAAAGCCUUGCAGUACGGACACAAGUAUCUGUACCAAAGUAUGCCCAGAAUGCUUUCUAUUUGGCUGGACAUGGAAGUGACGUCAUCAGAUACCAGCGCUCACUCGGUUUUAGCCCAGAUGACGGAGAUCAUAAACAUUUACUCGGAGAGGCUGCCUCUAUACCUCUACCUGUCUGCUUUCUCGCAGAUUGUGUCGAGAAUCUGUCACCCUGUAAAAGAGGUAUACCUGCAACUAAAGGCAAUAAUCGUGAAGCUUAUCCUAGCCUACCCUCAACACACGUUAUGGAUGAUGAUGUGUGUAAUAAAGUCGAGCUACCCUCAACGCAUGAAGCGGUGUGCCGACGUGUUCUCAGACCCUCGUCUUAAAGAGCCACAUAUGUUGAAACUGGUGAACGACUUUACGCAGCUGGCUGAGAAGCUGAUUGAGCUUUGCAAUAAGCCUAUCGUUUCUUCUGAGUCGACCACAACAGUAUCGUCCCUAGUCCGCACAUUACCCCGUCUCCUUGCAAGCGACUCGUUCAGCCACAUAAUGAUGCCAUUCCAAGAGUUCUGCAAGAUCGUUCUACCCUCAAAAGCGGCGAGGCAAGAACGCGUGGACUUCAAUAUACCAGUGGAACCGCCUGUGUAUAUCGCCGGAGUUGAAGAGCAAAUCACGAUACUACCAUCGCUGCAGAAACCCCGGAAAGUUACUUUGAGAGGUUCCGACGGGAAAUCCUACAUAAUAAUGCUGAAGCCCCGUGACGAUUUGCGCAAAGAUUUUCGCCUUAUGGAAUUCAAUGCGGUGGUGAAUCGGUUUUUACAAGAUGCGCCUGAGACCCGUCGUCGCAGACUGUAUAUCAGGACGUAUAGCGUGCUGCCUUUGAAUGAGGAAUGCGGACUUAUUGAAUGGGUGCCGAAUUUGGUCGGCUUGAGGCCGAUUCUGAUGCACAUUUAUAAGCAAAAAGGUCUUCACACCAGCAACCGGGAGUUGAAACAGAUGAUGUGUUCCAACAAAGACCCGUUCGAAAAGAAGAGGAAGAUGUUUGAGGAACAACUGCUACCGCGGCAUCCGCCUGUCUUCCAGGAGUGGUUCCGACGGGUGUUCUCGGACCCUUAUGGAUGGUACCAAGCAAGAUCUGCUUACAUCAGGACAACAGCUGUGAUGUCAAUGGUUGGCUACAUUUUGGGUCUCGGCGACAGGCACGGCGAGAACAUAUCGUUCGACUCUACCAAUGGAGACACAGUUCACGUGGACUUUAACUGCCUCUUCAAUAAAGGCGAGUCCUUUGACUGGCCGGAGCGGGUGCCUUUCAGGCUUACCCACAAUAUGGAGGCUGCCAUGGGACCCCUCAAACAUGAAGGAAUGUAUAGAAAAAGCUGUGAAGCAGUCAUGCGGGCCCUUCGCGCGCAGACCGCCGCGCUGAUGUCCGUCAUCGGUCCGUUCGUGUACGACCCGCUCGUGUCGUGGGGCCGCGGACGCCCCGUCGAGAGCGGGGAAAGGACCAACGAGCAAGCGCUGCAGCAUCUACAGCAUAUAAGGCAGCGGCUGAAUGGGAUGGUAAGAACGAAAAAUAAACAGCUGUCGUUAUCGCUGUCACCAGAAGGACAAGUGGAGCAUUUAAUUGUUGAAGCGACGAGCAUUCACAACCUGUGCCAAAUGUAUAUAGGCUGGGGUUCAUUUUUGUAAAUUUUAUACUGCACCUUAUGCAUAAAGAUAUAAGAACUAACGUGCCUUUAAAGAUUAAUACAGGGUGGUUUAUUUAAAAUGAACCAUAUUCAGGUGAGGACAUCGUAAGAACUCCCUAGAAACAACUUGAGUUCUCGAAAAUCAAAAGAAGAAGAAUGAUGAUGAAUUUAAAACUUAAUAUUAUUUUAAAAAUACAUUUAUAAAGGUAAGGUUUAUACCUUACGGUUUAAGGUUCUCUACGGAACCCUAAAAAUAUUGAUCUGAUUAACAGUAGUUUAUCCAUCCGUUUUUUCAUUUCAUUUUUUUAGAUUUUCAGUGAUAAAUAG